UGACUAUAAUGAAAAGGCUACAAGAAAGAAAAAAAUACCCAAAACCUACCAUAUCAAAAAGGAGAUAAUUUAUUAAUAUAAUAAUUACUAUAUAUUGGUCUGGGAUUUUCUUUUUAUUUCCCUUCCAUGUUUUGCUCUUUUUGAUUCUGCUUGGGGUAAUAAUGGACAAUCUCAGCCAUCUUGAACCAGAUUACUCUGAGUUUGUUGAAGUUGAUCCUUCUGGAAGAUAUGGAAGAUACAGUGAAGUUCUGGGUAAAGGAUCAUCAAAGACCGUUUACAGAGGAUUUGAUGAGUAUGAAGGUAUAGAAGUAGCAUGGAACCAAGUAAAGCUCUACGAUUUCUUGCAGAGUCCUCAAGAACUGGAGAGGCUCUACUGUGAGAUCCAUCUCCUCAAAACACUGAAACACAAGAGCAUCAUGAAAUUCUACACUUCUUGGGUCGAUACAGAGAAUCGAAUCAUUAACUUCAUCACUGAAAUGUUUUCUUCUGGUACCCUGAGACAGUAUAGGCUAAAGCACAAGAGAGUGAACAUAAGAGCAGUGAAGCAUUGGUGUAGACAGAUCUUGAAAGGCUUAAACUAUCUUCAUACCCAUGACCCUCCUGUGAUUCACAGAGAUCUCAAAUGUGACAACAUAUUCGUCAAUGGGAACCAAGGAGAAGUCAAGAUUGGGGAUCUUGGUCUUGCUGCUAUCUUGCAAAACUCUCACGCUGCUCAUUGUGUCGGGACACCAGAGUUCAUGGCUCCCGAAGUCUAUGAAGAAGAAUAUAAUGAAUUAGUCGAUAUUUACUCGUUUGGGAUGUGUGUUUUGGAAUUAGUAACGUUUGAUUACCCGUACAGUGAGUGUACUCACCCUGCUCAGAUUUACAAGAGAGUGAUAUCGGGCAAGAAACCAGACUCAUUAGACAAGGUGAAAGAUCUUGAGGUUAAAGGCUUUAUAGAGAAAUGCUUAGCCACUGCGUCUCUUAGGCUCUCUGCUCGUGAACUAUUAGAGGACCCUUUUCUGUGUAUCGAUGAAGUUGAAUCCAAUUUGAGACCCGUAGAGAGCCAAAUGGGUCAGAUAGAUGAAGCUGGGACUCCUCUUAGGCACUCUUAUCAUAUACUUGACUAUUACUGCAACGACCAAACCAAAGAAAACUCUUUUGAUCAUCCUCACUACUCAAACGGUUACUACAUCCACGAUAAAAGAAACCAAUGGGAAUACAAUGGAGAUGAGACAGUGGAGUCACAGGGAAUAGAGGUCUUUGAGUUUCAAAACGAUGAUCAUGAAGAAGCAGAAGAAGACGAUGAGAAUUUUGACAAUGUCCAUAUAAGCAUAAAAGGGAAGAGAAGAGACAAUGGUGAUGGACUGUUCCUGCGACUAAGAAUCGCUGACAAGGAAGGGCUAGUGAGAAACAUAUACUUCCCGUUUGACAUUGAAACCGACACAGCAAUUAGCGUUGCAAGGGAGAUGGUGGAAGAGCUGGAGAUGGACGACCGAGAUGUCUCAAAGAUAGCAAACAUGAUCGAUGGAGAGAUUGCUUCUCUGGUUCCAAAUUGGAGAUCAGGCCUCGAGUUUGAGAGCAUCUUCUGCAACUGCGCCUCGAACCACUCGCUCAUGGACUUCAAAGUGAUGCAGUGUUGCAGAAACGGGUGUGGAGAGAAGCAUGGACGGUUUGAGGAGAUCACGUUCGGGACAACCCAAUCUGACCAAGAAUAGGGAUUUUCUUGUGGGUCAAGUAACGUUUUACACUAACUAUAUAUAUAUAUAUGGUUCCAGAAUCUUUCUCUUUUAACACCUUCCAUAGCCUGCGAUGAGCUAUCCGAUGAAAGUGAGAAUCGAAUCAACAGCUGAAAAGUCUAGUGGAAGGACAUUUUCGAUUCCUGUUAAUGGGUUUGAUAAGUUUUUUUUUGUUGGGGCUAAUAUGUGUAGAAAUAGUUACAGUAACUUGACAAACAGUAAUUAUUUGGAGAAUAACUUUUAUAUAUAGCUCAUUAAACCUUAAUUGUCU